AUGACUGAUGCAGCUGUGAACGUUCUCGCCAACAUGACCGAAGCAGAUCCACCCUUGACAGCAACUGAAGAUGCAGGUGCNNNNACAGCCUUGGUCUUUUUGAUGACGGCGGGGCUCGGCUUCUUUUAUGGUGGCCUGGUGCGCGACACCAACAUUAUCAAUACCAUGAUGAUGAGUGUGGUCUCCAUGGGGAUUGUCACACUAACUUGGGUGGUGUUUGGCUUCUCAUGGGCCUUUGGAGACAACGGUGAGAAUGGCAUUGGCCUUGUCAUUGGCAACUUUGAUUACAGUUUUUGGAUGGGUCUGGAUAUGAAGAACUGGGACACGCUUCCAGGUCUCGCCUUCGCUUCUUUCCAGAUGACGUUCGCCAUUAUCGCUAGUGCCAUCAUCUCCGGAUCCUUGGUGGAGCGUGUGCGCUUCAGUGCUUACUGCAUCAUGCUGGCCCUGUGGUCCCUUCUGAUCUACGCACCUUUGUGCCACUGGGUUUGGGGUCCUGGCGGCUGGAUUGGCAGCCAGCUUGGAGCUCUCGACUUUGCAGGUGGAACCGUGGUCCACAUCAGCUCAGGUGUGUCCGGCCUCGUUGCCGGUGCCAUCCUUGGCCCACGCAAGCACGUGGAGAAGGACCUGGGCCCAGCCAAUGGCAAGUCAACCAGUGUGGGUGCUUCUGUCGGUGCUGUUGCAGGUCUGGUGGUCAUCACACCCGCAGCCGGCUUUGUCACACCCGGCUGGAGCAUUGCCCUUGGCGUGUUGGGCGCGCCUUGGUGUUACUUCACUUGUGAGUUGGUGAACAGGAUCAACUUGGUGGAUGACACUCUUGACGCCUUCGGCUUGCACGGCUCUGGUGGCUUCGCCGGUGCCAUCUUGACGGGCAUCUUCGCAGUUGACGACGGCCUCAUCUACAGUGGUAGCUUCCUGCUGUUGGGCAAGCAGAUUGUUGGUGCGCUGGCUGGUGUGGCUUUCUCUGCUGUGGGCACUGCCAUCAUCAUGGGAGCCAUGAAGAUGCUGUUCAAGCUUCGAAUUCCAGAAGAGCACGAGAUUGGUGGUGUCGACGAGCACACGCACGGUGAGACGUACCACAGCCCAAUUAAGAAGUAUUCCGCAGCUGCCCGCAUGACUGAGUCGUCGGAAUCAUCAGAGUCCGACGCUGUCUGCUGA